GCUGGUGGGGAGUCAUCUGUACCUGGAAUUUAUUGGACUAAAGACACAUCUGACGAAGAUCAGCCCAUUGUGUUUGUCCCAGGAAUGAAGGAGAAAAAGAAGAGCAGGAUUGUAGAGCACAGGUGUGGGUAAGGAGAACUCAAGACAGAGCAUGUGGAAAGGUGGCAGGUGAGAGAGUUCAAUGCAAAUCCGAGAUUUUCCAUUCGGGGCCUUCUCUUGCUACACCCCAAAGCUCUGGAAUUCAACUCCUCUCACAGUCCAGGAGUCAGGCUCCUGGAGUUCAUGACUGAGCCCUGGGUUUGAUAGGGACAUCCUUAAUGACGCGGUGAUACAGUGUCUUGCGGAACAGAGCCAUCUGCAGUCUUCUUUUAAGUCUUGUCAAGACAUUUUGAAACUAAAACCGACAGUCAGACGGCGAGCUUCAACUUGCUCGUGCCUCUUCACGGUUUUCUUGAGCUAAGAAAAGAGACAAAAGCUGUGAUAUACAUAACCAUGAAAUAACUGGAAGUGUAAAAUAAGUAGUAAUGUGUACAAAGCUUAGUCUCUUUCACAGCAUUCAGCACAGGGACCCCAGAUCCUAUGGAACUGCUCCAGAGUGCCUGUCUUCUGUUUGUUGUUGUUCCAGUAUGUACUUGGAGAACCGUUUUUUCUGAAGUCCUUGAGUUUUUGAAAAGAAUUCCCCGUAUGUCUUUGUGAGAACACAGGGUAUAGAAGUCGACGUUCGUGUGAACAGCUGAUAUUCUGCCGUCUCUCGCUCUUAGCUGCACCAGGUUACCCUUAUCCUUCAAAUCGUAGAGUUUUGAAAACACCCUGUUGAAAAUAUAGGCAAGGUGACAAACAGGGAAUUCCUGAGGGGAAACUCGCACUCUGGCUUUUGUUGCCUCCUAGGGAUUCAGGGAUUUGACAUCAUCACGUGCAUGCUGCCACAGCUCCUACCUCAAAUCCGUUUAGAAUAUCCUAAGAGAAUCUGACCAGUAGUUCUCAACCACAGCUAGUACAGCUCAGCUACCCUGCGGCGAGAUCGCUCUCCGGCGGGUCAAGAUGUGCGUCUGUGCUCCUCGUCCCCGCAGGCCUGACGAGCCAAGCGAACAUGCGAAUGGGGGUGAAGCCGAAAGCGGGUAGCAGUGAGGAGAGGCUGGGGAAGCGGCAAGCGGCUUCCAGGCAAUCUCAGGAUACCCCUCAAUCCCAGAAGCCACUGGAUCGUCCCCUGGCCGCUGGCACGGUCCAGAUGCAGACUUUAUGGGGGUUGACUCCAAGCCUGGCUGGACAACAGGGGGCGUGUGAUGCAGCGGAGGGCAGGAGCGCCUCCCUCAAAGACCUUUGCCCUGAGGACAAACGGCGCAUUGCCAACCUCAUCCAGGAGCUGGCCAGGGUGAGCGAGGAGAAGGAUGAGACCGUGGAGAGACUGAGAGUGGAGCAGCAGACCUUUGAGAAGAAGAUCCAGCAGCUGGAGGGGCAGAACCAACUCAUCAUUCAGGAAAGAGAGAGCCUGCAGCAGCAGUACAGGGAAUGUCAGGAGCUUCUUGCCCUCUAUCAGCAGUACCUUUCUCAGCAGCAGGAGAAACUCCACCGCUCCCUCUCCCAGCUCAGCCACUCACAGUCCCACCAGCAGGCCAGCUGCCCCGUGUCCUUGCCACGGCCCUCUCCACAGCCCCCCUGUGAUGAGCGCCGCACUCCUCCUGCUCCCGGUGUGGCUCUGGAUGGGUCCUAUCUUGGUUUGCGUCCUCCAGGGUGGGGGGCAGCUUGCAGGGGAGCGGAGGGGGCGAGUACCCUGGGGGCCUCCUCUGUCGCAGACCAGCACCGGUCAAGCACUAGUGGGAGGCAAGGCGAUGCCCUUUACCUUCCAUUUUCAUCGCGGGGCCAGGAAGGGGGUGGACCAGCGGAGGAGCCCCCGGGACAGGCUUGGGGGCCGCAGACGGGGGGCAGCGUGCCUCGGCCGGGACGGCCCGCUCAGGAUCAGAACUGCACCGAUGGCGCCCCCAGAGGCUCGGGGUCGGCCGAGCCCCGCCUGGGGCCCUGCUCUCACCGCUGCAGGGUGGAGAAGGAAGAGGGGGGCCAGGAGAGAGCUCUGGACCGCCGCGCUACGGGCCCCGGCGAGAGCCCUUGGGACAGGAGGCGGCAGAAGCUGCUGCUGCAGAAGAUGGAGCUGGAGGUGGAGAGGGAGAAGCUGCAGAUACUCCUCGCCCAGCAGGAGGAGAAGCUGCUCGGCCAGCACAGACAGCUCCAGCAGUCCCGCCUGGACUACAGGAGGUUUCAGGAUGCUGCAGUGGCUGAGCUGGAGGACACCAUCAGUGGGGCCUUACUGACUCAGACAGGGGAACAGGGUUGUGCAACAGACACCUCCUCCACUGAGAGACCCAGGCAGACUCCACCUGAGGCUGUGCUCCUCCCCGGCGCCCUGCUGGCUGAGCAGCAGGGAAGAGCUCCCCCUGCUGUUGAGAAGGUGAAUGGAGCGGGUGGAACGCAGGCUGGGCGGAGCAGGUCGUGGGAGGAGCAGCCUGCAGCCCCAGCGAAGGACGGUCUGGGCCGCUCUAGAGGGGCCCCAGCUCUGUCUAGGAGGGAUGCUUCUACGUCUCCAGGCCUGGACCACAGGAAGACAGCCCCUAUGCCCACUGCCCUCUUCCCUGCGCAACCAAUCCCCUGGACCGAACAAACCACGUCUGGCCGCCGCACAAACAGAGAGGUACAGAGCAUUGACUCAUCUCUUAUUGAGCUCCUGGGGGCUCUGAGUCCGGUUUCCAAACCUGGUCAGCUCAGACAUUCUGUCCAACGGAGACCGCACGCCACCCCGCAAGUGCGCCCAUACCUCCUCAGCCCCAGACCUCCACUCUCUCCAUGGGACCUCUCUCCUGCACCAGUGGCCCAUGAUGAGGAGCUGCAGGAGAGCCAGAUUCUGGAGGAGAUCUUCUUCAUCUGCUGACCUGAUGACCAUAAGUCGGCAGCACCCAGAGACAGUCCCUUCUGCUCGUGUGGAACGAUCCAGACACCACAACCAUGAUGCUUUCAAGGUCUCGCAAGUUCCCUAAGGAAACAACCUGCUAACGGACAUCACUGAAGUCAUAGAUGGAUCAUAGUUUGUUCCCCGAAAUAAAAAUUCCCUGCAGCUGGACUUUUGACUGCUAUUACCGGUGAACACUGCAGAGUCGGUCUUUACUGCAUGCAACAAACCAUAUACUACAGGAACUACUCCAUUGACGAGUACUCUGGAGCUAUUGCUGUUCAGAGUACCUCCCCUGGAUGACAACUUCUUUCUGAGCAGUUUGCAGAAAAUUCCUUUAUAUAUCGACAUACAGUAAAAGACUGAUUCUGUGCAGAGAGCUCUCCUCUCUGAAGACAAGUCUCCCUAGAUAAGGCUGUGCAAGCAGAACUCCAUGAAUAUUUCACUCUUAUUUGAAGAAACGUUUCUCAGUUAUAUCAGUGAUAUUAUAGUUGGUUUCUGUACAAGAUGUGAUGCAUAUAGCACUGUAGAAAAGCUUUACUGCUGUCAUGCCCCAAUGCAUUCAUGUUCACAGUGACUGGAUGCACUAAAUCUGUACAUAUACCUCACCUCCAGAAAACUUUUUGUAGAGAUCUGCAGUGUCAGAAAGAUAGCGCUUCAUCUAAACUUCAUAAUGGCCAUCGCCUGGAAAGGAUUUGAUACAUGUUUCAUCCAGCUGUAAAUAUUUUCUUUUAGUCACCUACUCUAGGCUUUCUAGCGUAGAUCUCUGGAGUAGACCUCUAUCACCUGCAGUGUAAUGCACCAAUAGUGCACCACAUUCUUGUGGAUGUGCGAUAAUAAGUGACUGUCUUGUCUGUGACUGUGCUACAAGGGACGAUAAAGAAUCAGAGCUGUAUCCACUCAUCUGUUCCCAGCUGAAGCUGGUCAAAAUAAUUGUAGCGUCUGAAUGAGUCAUUUUUGUGGUUUAGUUUUGAAUUUUGUUUUAAUUAUCAUUGAAAUUUAAUCUUGCAUCACUCAGUUUUUAUUUAAAAAAAUGAUGUGAUCAAAUCAUUGUUUUUUUUAAACAUGAUUUUUCUGAAGUCAAAUGUUUUUUCAAGUGCAAAUCACCGUCUUAACCUGCAUUUAUAUGUCAAAUAUUUAUUAAGAAAGUUGCUUAUAGCAUAUUUUUUCCCCCAUCAGCAUUAAUACAAAAUACGCUGAAGUCUUUGUACUAUUUGAAAUUUGAAUAAACUGAUCUUUCAAGA